AGCUCCCCUGUCUGCCCAGAGAGGAAUUCCAGGGAAAUCCUGUGCAGAACACAUCCAGAUCUUUCCUCCUCUCCACCUGACCACUGCGCUCUACAAUGACCACCAAUGGGACCAUAGAGAACGGCCUUCCGGACAAGAAGACGCCUCCAUUACCAAAACCCAUCACCAACCUGGAAGUCCAGCACAAGCAGAUCUUUAUUAAUAACGAGUGGCACCAAUCAGUGAGCGGCAGAACAUUUCCUGUGCACAACCCAACCACAGGGGAGAAGAUCUGCGAUGUGCAAGAAGCAGAUAAGGCAGAUGUGGACAAGGCGGUGGAAGCUGCAAAGGCGGCUUUUCAGAAAGGUUCCCCGUGGAGAAGACUGGAUGCCAGUGGAAGGGGAAAACUGCUACACAAGCUUGGAGACUUAUUGGAGAGAAACCGAGUGAUCCUAGCGACUCUGGAAACCAUGGACACGGGGAAACCUUUCCUCCACGCAUUCCUCGUAGACCUGGAGGGCGUAAUCCGAACUUUGCGCUAUUUUGCUGGCUGGGCUGACAAAAUCCAGGGGAAGACAAUCCCGGUGGAUGAAAGUUUUCUCUGCUACACAGUACAUGAGCCUAUUGGAGUGUGCGGGGCCAUUACACCGUGGAACUUUCCUCUGCUGAUGCUGAUCUGGAAGAUGGCUCCAGCUUUGUGCUGCGGAAAUACGUUGGUGAUAAAACCUGCAGAACAGGCCCCUCUCACAUCUCUCUACAUGGGAUCGCUAAUAAAAGAGGCCGGGUUCCCUCCAGGAGUUGUUAAUAUAGUGCCAGGAUACGGACCAACAGCUGGAUCUGCCAUCUCCCACCACCCCAACAUAGACAAAGUUGCUUUCACUGGUUCCACAGAGGUUGGCAAACUGAUUAAAGAAGCAGCUUCUGCCAGCAAUUUGAAGCGCGUCACCCUGGAGCUUGGCGGGAAAAAUCCAUGUAUCGUGUUUAAAGAUGCCGACAUGGAUCUGGCUGUGGAAUGUGCCCAUCAAGGAGUUUUCUUCAACCAAGGCCAGUGCUGCACGGCAGCCUCCAGGGUCUAUGUGGAGGAAUCGGUGUACCCAGAGUUUGUGAGACGCAGCGUGGACCACGCCAAGAGACGGAUUCUCGGAGAUCCAUUUGAUUUCAAAACAGAACACGGUCCUCAGAUUGACCAGGAGCAAUUCGAUAAAGUUCUGGAAUACAUACAAAGCGGGAAAGAUGAAGGAGCCAAACUGGAGUGCGGUGGAUCCGCCGUUGGAGAGCGAGGAUUUUUCAUAAAGCCCACCGUCUUCUCCGACGUGACCGACGACAUGAGGAUCGCCAAGGAAGAGAUCUUCGGACCCGUCCAGUCCAUUCUGAAAUUUAAAAGCAUAGAUGACGUGAUCAAGAGGGCCAACAACACGGAGUACGGACUGACAGCCGCUGUCUUCACCGAGAGCCUGGAUAAAGCACUGAGUGUGGCCUCUGCCCUGCAGUCUGGAACAGUAUGGAUAAACUGUUACAAUGCUCUUCAUGCACAGACUCCCUUUGGAGGCUUCAAAAUGUCAGGAAAUGGCAGAGAAUUGGGUGAAUACGCUUUGGCGGAAUACACGGAAGUGAAGACCGUCACCAUUAAACUAUCACAGAAGCACCACUGAGGAUAAGAAGAGGAGACCGGUGUGUGCGAAUCUCACUUCAGCAUCAUCCAGGACCAGAAUGGACUCAUUAAUACUGAGAGAUUCUCUUACUUUUAUUUUUUUUAUUAAACCAUGAACAAUAUUACAGAUCGAUCGUCUGUGGUGACUUGCCCCUGACUCUGAGAACCCGCGAGUCUCUUUUCAUCUGGACGUAGUGAUUACAAACUGCAUAGCUGUUCAUCCAUCAAAACUACAUUUAAAUCCAAAUAGGGAAAAAUCGAUUGCUCUCAGGAUAUAUACUCCGCCAUUCAUGUGAGUGUAGAAAAUACUGCUUUAUGGCCACAAGAUGGCACUGAGGAGCACACUUACAGUGUAAGUAUGCGGCUCUAUUACUAAAAGUAUUGGGAUGCGCACAUUGGCCCAGAUUCAGUAAGAAUCUGCGCCUUUCUUACGCAGGCACAGG